AUGGCAGCACCGACCGCGCCCGACCAACCCACUCGUGGUCGAGCGCUCUCUUCAGCUUCGACAGCCACGACCUUUCUCUCCGCGACAUCUCGCUCACGUCGUAGGGACGGUACACUAGCGCGUGGUUGGGCGCCCAGACCCUCAUUGCCCACCUUGCCAAGCUCACAAGACGUCCUCGUGCCUGCCGAAGCCGCACCUGCAUCUACACUCUCUUUGCGGCCCUUGCAAUCCACACUGGAACGACAUAUAGGACCUGUCCUCCUGCCUCCGUCUGCUGAACGGAGCAGACGAGAGUCAAGCGCCUCGAAGAGAAGUGGCGAUAUUGAUAGGCUGGGCGAGUCCAUCGUGCAAGACAUCUCUGCCCCCGAGCCCAGUGAACCUCUCAACAUGGCUCCCACUCGACCAUCAGACGACGCUAUUGCAAGUUCGCCCGCAAAGCGACAUAAGACUUUGGAUAUACCCGCUCUAGAUGAGCAGCCAAUCGCGAGUCCGAGCCAGACGGCUGGCUGGCUCUCGGGCUGGUACGGCAGCCAGGCACCUCAGACCAUCGCAACACAACCUACUGCAUCUACAUCAUCUCGGGACAUACCGCCUAGUCUCGCGGCCGUCUUUGAGCCUCCCGCGGAGCCGCUGUCCUCGUCCGUGUCCGAACCUGCACCUGUGCCACCGGAAGUAGACACAAAGGGCAAAGGCAAGCAGAAAGAACAGCCUGCUCCUCUUUCGACGAGACCACCUGCAUCAACUGGCUGGCUAGCAUACCUGGGCUAUUCGCCAUUGCCCGAGCAACCUCCGUCAGAAGAAGUCAAAGAGCAGGUGCCUGUCGUCAAACGCAAAGCGUCUCGUGUCGUUAUGCCCAUCACUGGCUCGCCCAAUAAGGCCAGCAACUCACUGCGAGGCCGUUCCAGGGAGCGAGAGACUCUCGGAAGUUCGUCAUCGGGCGGUAAAAGGCUUGAAGUACUUCGGCAGACCUCGCCUUCUGGCUCGACAAGGUCGAUGCCUGCUCUUUCUUCCUCUGUCAUCGUGGGCGAUCCGGUGCCGCCAGCUGCUCUCGUCGGCCCUUCGUCGGCUUCUCUGCGUUCAGUAGAAGUUCUUUCUGACCCUCCUACCGCGCCGAUACAGGCCGUGACGCACCCGACAAAAGAGGCACAGCUCGUGUUGGAGAGCACGAGUAUGCCUCGUUCUACCUCGUGGUUCUCCUGGUCUUCGCCUGCUCUGCCGCCUGCGCAAUCAGCACUUCCACUUCCACCUCAGUCAGAGAUCUUAGAAGAGGCGGCAGUAGUAGCAGAUCCCACCGACUUGCCUUUACAAGUGAAGACGCCGAAGCCUGCACCGGGCUGGCUCGCAAGCUGGUACGGCACAGAAGCUUCUCCACCUGCGCCAGCGGAUGCCAUGCCACCAAUGAAGCCGACGCAGGUAGCAGCCCAUGUCGUUCCCGAACCGGCUCAACAAACCCAAGGUCUGGGUAUCUCAACGAGCAGUGAUGCUCCACCUGUGACCUCCUCAGCGGCGCAUUCACGCCAAGCAACAGCGACAGAUCGGCUGGCAACUCUGCCAGCGAGUCGUUCGGCAUGGUCGCUCUUCUUUGCUGCAAAGGCGGUAGAGGAGCAACGUAGAAUCACGACGGACGAGAUGGAAGUCAUGGAAGUGCCCGACCUAGACGAUCGAGGCCAACCGAUACGACCUUUGCAAGACGUGAAGAGCUCAAAGCCGGCGCAAGAUCUGAAGAGCUCGAAACCUGCACCUGAUGCCGAACCACCGAAGAAACAUCCGGAUGCGCCGCUGACAUCGUCGAUUCGGGUGCAGAAGAAGGCAGAGAUCAAGCCAGACUCGCCCAAGCUCACUUCGCCUCCCCCGCCUAACUUGGUCCUGCCUUCGUUCAGCGAUACAUUCGGCCGAGCGCCUCGCUCAUUCCCGAUCAAACAAUCGAAGCUAGACAAAGCACUCGGGCUGGUCAAUUCCUAUUUCUUUUCGUCGCCUGCUUCGCCUGCCCUGGCAGCAGAUGCUGCGAGUCACGCAGCCCGGCAGAAGCUCAAGGUCAAACACCGCGACCUCAUCCAUACCUCAGAAAAGUAUCCGAAGCUAUACGAAGUCACGGGCGCGCAAGCUCGUCAUGGUGCGAAGCAUGUCAAGAAGGUCGUCGUCAUUGGUAUACAUGGCUGGUUCCCGAGCCCGUGGCUCAACUCAGUCAUCGGCAAACCGACGGGCACGAGCGAAAAGUUUGCGACGAUGAUGAAACAAAGCAUCGAAGCUUACUUUGAGGAGCACGAGCCGACCGUGCCAGAGAUCAAUGUCAUUGCGCUAUCGAAAGAAGGCAAAGUCUCGGAUCGUGUCGAUCGGCACUAUGAAGACUUGCUCAGCAAUCAGCGCUACGUCGACCAGCUCCACAAUGCCGACGCUAUCUUUAUCGCUUCUCACUCACAGGGCACCAUUGUAGCAACGCAGCUGCUCGCAAGAUUGAUAGAGCAGAAACGUAUUAAAGCGGAUCGAGUUACUCUGCUCUGCAUGUGCUCAAUUGCACUAGGUCCAUUCGUAUCGCUCAACACGAGCUACAUAGCGCCGUAUCUUCAAUAUUUCGAAUCAGCUGCAGCGACGGAGCUCUUCGACUAUCAAGAUCCUGAAAGUCCACCCUCAAGGCGGUAUCACGCCGCGAUCACAAUCAUCCUCGAGAUGGGGGUCAAGGUCGUUUUUAUUGCAAGUUUAAACGAUCAGGUCGUUCCGCUCUACUCUGGCACGUUCGCAUCGCUCGUCCAUCCAGCGAUAUUGCGAGCCAUGUACAUUGAUGGCCAGGCUUUUCAGUCAAGCGAUUUCAUGACGAAUCUGACCGUCUUUCUGCUGCGAUUGCGCAACGCCGGUUUACCCGACCACGGUCUCUCGCAGCAUCUCAGCGAAGCCUUAGCUGGCAGCUUGACGGGUGUCGGUCACAGCUCCAUCUAUGAAGAGCGCGAUGUCUACAGUUUGGCCACACGUUAUCAUUUUGAAACAACACCAGUACUCGUGCAAGGUCGAGCGGGCGGCCAUGUGCCGGAUCAACCUAUCAUCGAGCCAUUCCACCCACGCAACUCUGCAUCACUCCGGAACCCUUACUUUCUUCCGUUCGCACUGCGCGGCAUCCUCGACGACGAACGAGUACAAACACUCUUUGGCGCAGAACUACACAGUCUUCGGCAAGGCUAUGAGGACUGGCGACCGGUCUCGAAACCAUUGAGAGCAGUCAGGCAACAACUGGAGCCCUUGCGGCUCAUGCCCAAGAUCGGCGGCAAUGCCAAUGUGGCCCCUAAGGACGGUCAGCGCCCAUCGCAGACUAUCAGCAAGACUGCCAAACUCUAG